CUCAGAAAAAAAAAAGAACACGCCACCAGACUCCUCGCCGCCGCGGUGCUUCUUUCGACGCCGUCCCGCCGAAGCAGCGCGCUCUCCCGUUUCUCCCCGACUCCGUCCGCGGAAGCAGAAAGCCCCCGUCCCGCUUCUACCCGACUCCUUCCGUGGAAGCAGAAAAUCCCCGUCCCGCUUCUCCCCGACGGCUGACGACUGCGCGUCCCCUCCUGACGGCGAGGCGGCAGCGCGGAGAAGGGGAGGGGCGGCGAGUCGGGUGCUCGGAGCAGGCACCCAGUCGCGGUGGAGCAGUUGCAGUCGACAAGGCCACGGCAAGUUUUCUCCCAAAUCCCAAACCCCCAGGAGUGACAGCGCGUUAGGUUUUGCCCAACGACGGCGCCCUCGCCCUGCGGCUGCGGGCAGGGCACCCGCGACGCCGGACCACUAGACCGCCGUUGCACCGAGGUCGCAACCCUAACUUCCCCACCGGCCGCACAGCCAACGUUCUCGUAGUCCUUUGAUCUUAGCCAGACAGUAUGAUGGAUGGAAAUGCUGAAGCUGAUUCUACCCUUAUUUUCGACAAAGAAACAUUGGAUAAAGUCUAUGAAAAAGUGGCUCCAUCGAUUGUGAAAGUCUUGGUAAAACCAUUUAGCACGGGAUUUGUUGUCUCGUCCACAGAGAAACAUAACAUGGUAGCUGUUUGUUCCAUGUUGUUAAUUGAGCGCAAAGAGAAGAUACAAGUCCGUUAUUCUGAUGGAGAUACUGCUGUUGUUGAUCAUACUGAAAAAGUCUCUAACAGUGGCAUGACUAUACUGUAUGCACGUAAAACUGGAAAGGCACGUCCAGCAGUACAAUUUGGAGUCUUGGAGGAUAUCAUAUGCCAAAAGAUUGUGAGUCUUUUUCCUUACAAGGACGGCCUCAUGAUGUUCAAAGGUCACAUAGGUUUAGAUGAUUGUACCUGUGAGGAUUCCAGUGGGAACAUUAUUCCAGGCCAAAAUGUCUUCUCAUUCACUUGUCCUGUGGGGGGUUCUUACUCGAAAGAUCCUGACACAGAUUCUGAUAUUAAGAAACGAUUCAUGGUACUGACUAUUGGUGCUCCUGUGUUUAACUUGGAUGGUGAAGUUCUUGGCAUGAUUGAUUGGUUUAGCCGAUCAUAUGAUCUGAAAUUUGCAAGAAAAUCAUCUGAGUUUCGUGAUGAACUUAAUAAACCAGGACGUGUGAACUGGCAGGGGGGGAGCCGUGGUGCAGGGCAGAGAUUGUGAGAGCUUGCAAGUUGUCUUCCUACUUUCACGGUAAAUCUGAGGCCAAAUAAGAAGCUGGGUUCCUGGCACUCAACUGUUGGAGGGCGAGCAGUCCGGUGAUCUAUGAGUCAACCUGCAGAAGUGCCACGCAUCAGUUGGAUCAGUUGUCUUGGCAUCGGGGAUAACCUCAGUUAUCUUUGAGUGACUGGUUGGUCCGUCCUAGUUUGUUAACUUGUGUUGAACCUUAUUUCCUUCGUUGAUUUAGGUCAUGUCCUGGUUUAUCACCCCUUGCUUGGUGUUGAACCUUAUGACCUCCGUUGAUUUAAGUCAUGUCCUAGUUUAUCAACUCCUUGCUGGGUGUUGAACCCUAUUACCUGAUUGUGUAUGUGAUAUCCUAAUUAUUUACCCUCUGCUGGGUGUUGAACC